GAGCAUCGGCCAUCUUACUUCCUCAAAAAAAAAAAAAAAAAAAAAACUUCAGUCCUGGAGGAAAAACUGAAUCAAUCCUUGUAUACAUGGGUGACCACAUCAAGGACAGCUAUGGAGCAUUAACCCAAGGGGCUACGACAAGCAAGCUAGACACAGCUAUAAGGAACAGGAAACUGAAGUGAGGAGUUUCCUGUGACCAUAUCGUCUUUUGAUCCCCAGCGAAACCCUUUACUCCUCACUGAGGGGCCAUGGAGGACCAGGGGGAUGCUGGGAUUGGGUGUGUGUUGGCACCCAGCCCACAGAGUGAGGCUGUAACCCAUGAGAUGGGCGAACUGUCCCUGCACCCCAGCCAGAGGCUGCCCCCCCUCAACGAACGCAAAAAUGUUCUCCAGCUGAGGCUCCAGCAGAGACGCACCCGCGAGCAGCUCGUUGAUCAGGGCAUCAUGCCACCCCUCAAGAGCCCUGCAGCUUUCCAUGAACAGAUCCGCAGCCUUGAAAGAGCCAGGACUGAAAAUUUCCUAAAGCACAAAAUACGCAGCCGUCCAGAAAGGGCUGAGUUGGUCCGCAUGCACAUCUUACAAGAGACCGUGGCGGAGCCUUCUCUGCAGGCCACUCAGCUGAAAUUGAAGAGAGCUCGAUUGGCUGAUGACCUAAAUGAGAAGAUCGCUCAACGCCCCGGCCCCAUGGAGCUUGUGGAGAAGAACAUCCUGCCUGUGGACUCCAGCGUCAAGGAGGCCAUCAUUGAUGGUCAGAUGCAGUACCCUAGAACUCUAGAGGAACAAGCUGAUGAGGACAGUGGAGAUGCGUUUUCACCUGAGCAGCCAGCUAGUCAUGAGUCCCAGGGUUCUGCAGCCUCACCUGGGGAGGUCCGGGCCAUUGAAGAGUCCUCACCAUUGCCUAAUAAUUUCUUACAGCACUUUCCUGCAGUGACCACCACAACAGAUUUCCUGAAGCAGUUUUCCACCAAUGAGCAAUCAGUUAGCCCUCCAGCACCCAUUCCACAGCUAGUCACCGUGGCCCCUGUGAAGUCUGGGCCCACCCUUGUAAAGCAAAGUCAGCCAAAGUUACCUGGGGACAAAAGCCGCAGUAAGAAGAGUAAAGAGGCCAAGCCACGUGUGAAAAAGUUAAAAUAUCAUCAAUACAUUCCCCCAGACCAGAAACAAGAACCCAGCCAAGCCCCGAUGGACUCCUCAUAUGCUCGUUUACUACAACAACAGCAGCUAUUUUUGCAGCUACAGAUCCUGAGCCAACAGCAACAGCAGCACUACAACUACCAGACCAUCCUUCCUGCACCUCUCAAGCAAGUGUUAGAAGGCCAAAACAGCAGUGCCACAGUGGCUAUAAACAGCACCAGCAGCCUUCCUGCCUCUAUUGUGGUGUCUCUGCCCAAAGCAACACCUGUGCGCACCAACAGCACCCUUUCCAACCGCAAGGCAGGCAUACUACCUUCCAACCUGGAGGAGAUGAAAGUGGCAGAGCUGAAAAUUGAGUUAAAAUUACGCGGUCUUCCAGUUUCUGGAACAAAAACAGACCUAAUUGAACGGCUUAAGCCUUUUCAAGAAAACAAUGCCUCAACUGCACUUAACAACUGCACAGGACCUAACAUACAGCCCUGCAGCACACCUAUGGAGGUGUCCAGCACCACUACAACCCUAUCUCCCAUCCAACAGCCCUCUGAAAAUCUGAGCUCCACUCCACCUGUGUCUCCUGGUUCUUCAGAGCUUCACAGCAAAGAGGACGCAUCCAUGGAGGGACAGGCAGUGGGCCAAAACCGUAGUUUAAUAACGGCAGCUCCUGUUCCCGAAGAACAGGACCGGAGACUACACGAAAAGGAGCGACAAAUUGAAGAACUGCUACGUAAACUGGAGCAGGAGCAGAAGCUGGUGGAAGAACUGAAGAUGCAGCUAGAGGUGGAAAAAAAGUGUGGGGCGGUUGUUCUACCUGCAGAAAAUACUUCCAGUCCAGCCACUAUGUUGGCAUCUGUCAAAACAGAAAACACCGUCCCUCCUAACUACACACUGAGUCCACACACUACGCCAACGCUAUUGAAGCUUGAGGAGCCCCAUCCCAACCAGGUGACAGCUUCUCAUCUCCGUCAGUACAUUUUCAGCCAACAAGGAGUCCAACAGGUCAUAGGACACCCCCAGACUCUUCUAACCACUCCGCAUGGGGGCACUCAGAUCCUUCUUCCAGUGCCCCUGGCAAAUAAUACCACUACCAUCCAGCUGCCCAACACUAAUGUCAAACUACAGCCAGUUUUGCAGGCUGUUUCUCCAUCAGUGCCAGGUAUAAUUCAGACCCCCCAAAUACAGCCCACCAAAACAGAGAGUCCUACAUCUCAACAGCUGCUCCGUCACAACCACAUAGUUCAGACCCUGUCUCUGGGGACCACCAAGAGUUUAGAUUUUCAGCAUGGUACCAUUGAGAACCCAGCAGGACUGGAGACACCUCAGUACUUUCUCAGCAGCUCCUCAGAUAACAGGAUCUCACCUCAGACGUCCCCCGUCCCAUCAACACUUAUCAAUGGGCCACUAAACAAAACAUCCUUCAUCCAGCAGUCCCCAGUUUUCAACAGGAUGCCCAAAAACAGAGAACCACCCCGCUAUGAGGAAGCCGUCAAACAGACUCGCAGCCUACAGAAUGCUGCCAUCUCAGAGAUUCCCACAGCAACGAGUCAACAGAUGGAUGAUCUCUUUGACAUUUUAAUAGAAAGUGGAGAGAUCACUCCUUUUAGUCAACAGGACCCAUCUGUGUCAAAGAUGUUACCUGUCACGGUCAGCAUCACCACCCUGCCUAUCAGCACUGCCCUGUCCCGUCCACCCGCCCAGGUGCAGAUGGCACCCCCGCCAGCGCUCACGGUGGAGCCCAUGCCCAGCCUGGCCUCCCUGGACUCUGACAGCCAGUUUGAUGCUCUGCUAGAGGGCACGCUCAUUGGGGACACAGAGCCGGAGAAGAGGACUUUGGGCCUGCUGGAGGAGCUUCAAAACCAGAUACUGGUGCAGGCAAACUCCCCAAUGGACACUUCAGAGCUGGGUUUCACCAACCCACCUGCACCCUCCUCCUCCGCCCUGUCCUUUAGUCUCCAAGACACUGGCCUGGACAACAUGGAGUGGCUGGAUAUCACCAUGCCUGGGCCCAUCAGCGGACUCAAUCCAUUGGGCAUCACCUCUGAAUUCCUGGACGCUCAUGAUCUGCAGCUGCACUGGGACUGAGAGGAAUCGCUUCAACAAGCCGCCUGUCUGUGGGGAAGUAGGGAUCAUCUGUGUGGCAGCGGUUCACGUCUGGCAGCUUUAUGUGACUUGACUUCAUUUAUGCUGGUUUUAAUCACCAUCUGUUCUCAUUCACCUUUUGAUCAGAAAAGACACAAGAGCCUUGUGGGUAAUGCUGGAAAGGGCUCUCUUUGCUGUGGUAUUCUGAGAGGGAGCUGCAAAUUCAAUUCUGCUGUAUUGCUGUUUUGUUUUGUUUUUAUUCAUGUGCCAUUGAUACAAGAUUGGUUGCAGUCAGGCUAUAAAUAUCCUCUCAGCUAGUUUUAAGGAAGGGUAAGCUAUCGGUUCCAAAUGAUGUGGCAUCACAGUAGAGUUCACUUUGUUCGCACAAAAUUGAAAAUUGGGCCUUGAGCAAUGACGCCAUUAGCGGUCCUGUCCGUGAUCAUGAGUGUCUGUGUGGAGGAUGAGAACCUGGCAGUCAGCCCUUUUUCACCACUGACUGCAGUAACAGCCUGCUGUCUGCAAAUACACUGCCACUCAAAAGUUUGGGGUCAGUAAGAUUUUUUUAUAACAGAAAUUUAGUUUUAAUUAGCAAAGAUCUAAUUAUUUGAUCAAAAUUGACAUAUAUAAUGUCAGAAAAUAUGUUUAUAUGUUUCUAUUCACCCUAAAAUAUUAAUAAUAUGAAAAACAUUAAAUAAAAAAUAUUAAGCAGAACAUUUCUGAAGGAUCAUGUGACACUGAAAACUGGAGUAAUGGUGGCUGAAAAUUUCAGCUUGGGAAUAAUUUCCUUUCUAAAAUAUAUAGUAGAAUAUAUAGUAGAAAACAGUUAUUUUAUAUUGCAGCAAUGUUUCACAGAUUUACUUUUUAUUACAUAAAUUUACACAAUGCCUAGUGAGCAUAAAAGACUACUUUAAAAUAAUACUAAUAAUAAUCUUACAGACUCUAAACUUUUAAAUGGUUGUAUAGUUUGAUGCAGAAGAUCAAAUUAACAUAUCACUUAUAUAUUUUUUAGCAAAUCUGCCUUUUUAUGAUAUUGCUUGACUCAUUGACCAGAGGAAUUGCUUCAUGUUUUAUAAAGUGGUUGCAAUUGCAAAAUUCCUGUAAACGUAAACGGCUUAUCUUAGAUGAGGUUGCAAAGAGCCUUUGGUUUGAUUUGCAUCUGAGAAUUGCAGACAUGUAAUUUUUUAGUACUGGACACAUGGACAUUUUGUCUCAGUUCAGUUCAGUUCAGAGUCCUCAAUCAGCUCUCAGUUUCAGCCGGAAAACAUCCCAAUAUUGAUUAACAGGCGAUCAGUUCAACUAUACCGUUGUGAAAUGGUCUGAAAUAAAACUAUGAAAGUUUAUGUAAAUAAUCUGAGAACAAACCUUUGUAUAAAAAAAGAAAAGAAAAAAGAAAACCUGUUUUGUCUGACUCCUUGUAUGUCCGACCCCUCGUCUAUGUGUAUGUGAGUUGUGAAUCAGUGUGUCUGUGUGUGAUUGUUCGUCACUUCAGUGGAAUGUUGAUUUUCGGUGCAUCAUACUGUAAGGAAGUUCCAGUUUUUUCCUCACAUUUUCCCAGUUUGGUUCGCAGAGUGGUUGCUAUGUUUAGGUUCUUAUUUGUGUAUUUUUAAUGCCAUGGGGGGGGGGGGAUCAUGUAAAUGAAGUCACAAAUACAGUGAUCUCUAUAUACUACGUUUGAACACAUGGCAUCUUUGUACUAUUUAUUCCUCAAGUAAAUACAAUUCUGAAAAUGCAAAACUCUUUGGUUUCAGAAGCAAACUGGACAGCUGAAGUGGUAACUGAUGACUUUACUGCAUGUUAAAUGUCGCUGGCAGCUAAUAAUUCGUUUGUUAAGGGAAUCGGAGAACAAAUUAAUCCAGAUUUGUCUGCUUUCGUAGUUCAGAAAUUUUUAAUAGGCCUGUUUUGUCAGGUUCCUAUACUAAAUAGUUGCGUGUGUUUAUGGCUGAGCGUCUCUGUCUGUUUUCCUGCAUUUAUGCUCGCGUUAUACUGUUCGAAAUUGCUACAGACCAUCCAAAUGAACAACAUUAUAUAUAUUUGCUAAUAUCUCGGCAGCAUGUGAAUAAUCAAAUUGAUGUGAUGUCUUUCAGAGAAACAUCCUUUUGUUGCUUUUCCUUCUGUUUAGCCCUUUCUGUGCUUUUCUUUCAUGAUUUAAUGUUGUUAUCCACGUCAUGGAUUUUUUAUAUAUAUAUACUGCUCUGAUGUGACACCUUUCUUUUCAGUGAGGCAGUAAUCAUUGAUUGGCUUUGAACUCAUGUCUUUCAGAUUAUGUAAAGCGAGUUUUGUUUGAUCCAAAGGGACAUACAUUAUUUGUACAAGAUGUACAGCACUUUCCUGCUCAUCACAGUUAGAUCAAGAACACAGCCUUUAUUAAAGAGAACCUUUAUCAGCU